AUGGUUCAAGAAAUCAUUCGAUACUGGAAUUACGUGUUCACAACAAAACUACCAAAACACAUAAGGAAAUGGGUUGAUGAGCACAUGAAUUGUGAAGAUAUUGCAAUGAAUUUUCUCAUUAGUAACACAACAAGGAAAGCUCCAAUCAAAGUUACAGCAAAAAAGAAAUUUCGGUGUCCAGAGUGUGUUAAUACAGAAAUGUUAUCAGCUGAUUUAACACAUAUGAUUGAAAGAACUCAAUGCAUAAAUUAUUUUACAGAAAUAUUUGAUGAAAUGCCUUUGAAAUCAGUAGAAUUUCGUGCAGAUCCUGUGCUAUUCAAAGAUUACUUUCCAGAUAAAUUGAAACGUUUUAAUAACGUAGGAAUGCUGUAA